AUGCCGUCCAUACCUCUCUACCCACGGCCCGCCGUGGCCUCGCAUGACCACGCCAAUUCCAAUCCCCUCCCUCCGCUCUUACAGACGCCUUCCGGCCUGGCCAUUCUCGAACUGCAAGGCACCAUCAACAUCCCUGCCCCCACCGAAGAGGAGCUCUCCAGAGCAAGCGAUGACGCUGCCGGAGAAUCGGGCGCGACUUUCGAAACUGAGAUUGGCAAGCUCAUGUUCCCUGAUUACUCGCCUCUGAACCCUGACGACACCAAAUGGAUGAAAAAAGUCUAUCUCUAUGCGGGGCGGUAUCAGCGCAUGAUGGGGGAAGUGAAGAAACUCACGAAGCCACUGGCCGUUAUUCGGCGACGCCAGAAGCAGCAUGUGGACGGAGAUCAAUCGCUGGGAAAACGGGGUGCAGGCCAAGAUGGAGAUGAGCUUGAGAUCGUGGAGAUUAUCAAAUACAAGAUUCUCUUUCCGUCGCGGCCUGAGCCUAACCCCAGCGCCCCCAGCACAACCCCUAGCAUACCCCCUGGUGCAUCUCCAGGACCCUCCGCACCCUCCGCCGAAAUCGCGGCCUCCACCACCAACUCUUCAUGGCUGCUAACGUGGCUUCUGGUGCCGCUUGGCGCAUUCUCUCGCCCGAAGGCCUUCCGGACCUCUCCCAGUUGGGGAUUCAAUAUGGUGAAGAGCAACUUUGUUGAUAAACCUGAUCAAUGUCAUGAUGAAGAUGUGGAUCUACCAUUUAAGCUGGACGAUUAUCAGCAAGUGCUCGACAAGCAUCUCUAA